CAUCGGGACUCCUUACACAUAUACACGAAGCCCAGCGUGGCGAGAACACAUUCCAGUUUCACGUAAAUCUGAAGUUUCUUAAAUUUUCCAGAAGGACAUACCAUUCAGUCGAUAUCACCGAAGCUAGGGAAUAAAAAAAAUAAAAACAAAACUAUGAGCAUCAGCCCUAACUUCCCAAACGCCGCCUCCCCCAUGCCCCCGGCGGCACCGCCGUCGCCCCCAGUGUCCUCGGCUUCGUCGCCCGCUGCGCCGUACAUCAAGCCCCAGCCGCGGCCGCCCAGAUCGCCCGCGCGCGCGGCGCAGAUCAGGGUACAGAACCGGCGGCGCGAGUACCUCGACCGGAAUCCGGGGUAUUUUAAUUCGCUGGAGCAUGAGCUCGCUGACCCUAUACUAUAUGACGCGCUCAUACGGCACUUCCAAUCGCCGGCUGAGCGCGAGAAAGAGGGGCGCGAGAAGGGGUAUUCGCGGGUAUUGGAAGUAGACCUUUUGCGCGGCGAGGCUAAGCUGGCGCAAAUUACUGCCUCAUCCAUAGCUUCUUCCUCCCAGGAAAGUAGUCUUCCCACGGAACCUUCAACAGCAGGGCGACCGUCUUGGCUCCCGAAACCGGCGGCGGAGGAUACCGAUCCGUUUAUUCGGGAGUAUGCUAACGGAGGUGACGGUCUCGGCGACGAUGGCAGUGGUGCUAGUGUUAGUGGCGACGGUGCUGAAACGAAGCUGAAGGGGUUACCCCGGCGGCCGGAGACUAAGGAGGAAGGGCGCGGGCGUUGGGAUGACUUUCUAAGGCGCCGGUUCGUGCUGGGACGAGAUGAGGAUUUUGACUAUAGCACUGUGGAUGAGAAUGAUGAGUUUGACGUGCUUGAGCGCCGUGAGCAGGAGGAGGCGUGGUUCGAUGAUGAGGAUCCUGAUUGGGCGAGUGAUUUGGUCGAGGAUCAGGGGGGUGGUGACGGGAAGUUAGGGGAGAAGAGGCUUGAGGGGGAGACUGGAAUUCAGGAUUUCUGAAUAGUGGCUGGUUCUCAUCGUACAGAUUACGGAUACGGCUGGGAUGAGAUGCGGCAUGCCACGACACCUGUUCUACGGGGUAAAAAAGAUAAUAAGGUAUAAGGGGUCUAAGCUAGCCGCUUUCACAGCUUUAUAGAAUUAUGGCACAUAUGGACGAGCUAGGUAUGGCAAACCUCCUUAUUCCCUAACAUGGGAUCAAUAGUCUAGAACCAUCGGGUUCGAGCUGUAUUAGUGGUACCGUGGAGGAAGCCGGCCUAUACCACCUCAAAUAACAUCGGUUAGGGAAUGAUGCGAGGGGUAAGGGUAUUAAUCUUCGUGUAAUUAUAGCUAGGGGCUAAACUGCCUUGACUAUCUGGUUCCAAGUCGAGCUUUAGCGUUUAGGCGGAGGGACAAAGCAAUAGGCCAAGAGUC